ACAUUAUUAUCUCUUGUGCUGUUAAGAACUGUGCUACGCGUAGAAUGUUGUUUUACUUCGCGUUCUUAGUUUUAAUUAAUUUAUGCGUUUCCAGUACUAUUCCAGGGGUCCAAAAUGACCCAGCGGUUAAAAGGUUACAGGAGUACCUUCAGAUAGAUACUAGCGAUCCAGAAAACAUCGAUAAUUCCGAAAAGGCAGUAAAUUUUUGGAGACGCCAAGCGGCUGAACUAAAUUUGUCGUUCACUGUGCAUCGACCAGGCGGACUGCCGAUAUGCGUCCUCACUCUAAUCGGGAGCAAACCCGAGCUGCCAAGUAUAAUGUUAAAUUCGCAUUCAGAUGUCGUCCCCGUAGAUGAUGAACUAUGGAAGUACCCUCCAUUUUCGGCUCAUAUUGACGAGGAGGGUAAUUUAUUCGGCCGAGGAGUACAAGACUGUAAGUCCAAUGGUGUUCAAUACUUGGAGGCUAUCAGAAAGCUUAUGGAGAAAAAUAUCACUUUGGAAAGAACUGUGCAUGUGACAGUAAUGCCAGAUGAAGAAACCGGAGGUUCUAAAGGGAUGGUACCAUUUGCCAAGACAAAGGAAUUUCAGGCUUUGAACGUUGGGUUCGCUUUGGACGAAGGAAUGCCGUCAUCGAGCGACGUAUUGUACGCACUGUACGUCGACAAGAGACCCUGGCAAAUGAAGUUUGAGAUCCAAGGUGGAGGUGGUCACGGAUCAUUUUUGAAAACUGGAAGUGUUAUUGAGCAGGUCCAAACACUGAUAAACACAGCACAGGCUUAUAGAGAUCACCAAUCGCAGAAAAUGAAGUCGAAAGCUGCAACCGAUUUUGGGGGUUACACCAGUCUCAACAUUAACAUGAUAAAAGGUGGCAUUGCUGGCAACGUAAUCCCUAGUCGAAUGACGGUAGUAAUAGAUGUAAGGUUGUCAGUUAAAGAGGAAGUUUCUGAAUUUCAGUCUGUGAUAGAUUCUUGGAUGUCAAAACUCGGCAAAAAUACACGUUUGGAGUAUGUAAGACGAAUGACAUCGUCAACAUCAACUGCAGUCGACGACACCAACAAAUAUUGGGUGGCAAUGCGAGACACACUCAAAAGUUUAAAUGUGACUGUAUUGCCAGUAGUAAGUCCAGGUACUACUGACAUGGCGGAAAUACGUGCUCUUGGGAUACCAGCUAUCGGGUUCACGACUAACAGGAAAACAGAAAUCAAAGCCCACGAUGUAGAUGAAUACCUACCUGUGGAGACUUUUCUGGAAGGAAUCGACCUGUAUGCCGCUCUGAUACAGAGAUUAGCAAAUCUACCCUAAAAUUUACCUCUAUUUUAAUAUGAACUUUGUUGAAUAAAUAUUUUACAAAUAUG